GGCGGCGCCAAAUCUAACAAUUACUUGAGUAAAUUUAAUUUCGGCAUUCAGUUUAGGAACUCGUUGCCGUUAAUAACACGGCACAAAAUUUCUCGUAAAACUUCCAUUUUCGAAGGGAAAUAAAAAUAGUUAUUUAAAAAAAUGUUGCCCCAAUUGAUUUUAUGUCGCCAAAUGCAACGGACAGUGCUGCGGACCUGGAGUCGAGGUACCGCCAACUCUGGCACUACAAACGAUGAUGUUAUUGUGGACUUCGAUGAUCCAGAACAUCUGCCGCUUCCCGUAUAUCCCAAACGUCCCGACGAGCCACUUGAAAAACGCAAACAGCGAUUAUUGUACCAGUCUCGCAAGCGAGGCAUGCUAGAGAACGAUUUGCUUCUAAGCACCUUUGCCCACAAAUAUCUGAAGGGUUUCAAUGCAGAGCAAACGGAGAUUUACGAUGAUCUCAUUAAUGGAGUGAGCAACGAUUGGGAUAUUUAUUACUGGGCGACGGGAGUGAAGCCAACACCCGAUCAAUAUGACACGGAGAUCAUGAAGUUACUUAAGAAACACGUCGGCAAUGCUGAGAAGGUCACGCGCUUUCAACAGCCAGAAUUAUUGAAAUAUUAUCUGCAAAAAUAAUUGUUUUGGGGGGGAAAACGUAAACAAGGCUGACAAACUUGCGGUCUUUCUUGGGUGUCGUUUUCCCCUUGUAGUUUACCCCACCCCCCACCACCCUACUGUCUUCCCGCCUCAAUUUUUACCGAAUGUCACGAAUUAAAACAUGAACAAAGCUUGCUGCAGAAUUAUGUGGAUACAGACGAUACACACACACAUACACACACACUACAAUGAUACUCCCCCACACACACACACAAAGUUACACUCUUGCAGGGCUGGCCUGUGCGUACUUAUAUUGCUUAUUGUAUUGUUAAAUAUGUAUUAUAUGAUAUUAUGUUAAUGACAAAAAACAUUAAAAUAAAACAAAAAAAAAUUAA